GAUAAACCCGAUACAGGCAAUACAGCCUGAUACGUGUCCAGAUACACCCCCCUUCUCCCCUUCUUCUUCGUCAAACACACGCCAUUCUCUCAACUCCACCUCAUCUUAUAAUUCAUCCUCUGCCAGCAAUAUUCAUCUCAAUCUCAAUUCAUCUCCGAAAGGUACGAAAACUUCCUUUUCAAAUCAUCAAUAUAACGCUUCACUUAGGGUUUCUUAUUACAAUUCAUGGAAGCCAAAUUCACCGCUCCCUUAUUCGCUAUUGAUUUUGAUUGCUGUUACUGUUCUUGUUGUUGUUACUGUUGAGGUUAGGGUUACGUAAAUAGAGUUACAGACCUUGUUUGUAUAGAUUUAAAGAAAUCCAUGGAUUUUACCCGUGCAACGCAGCCGAACUUAUCGUUAGGGUUUGUAUCUCACUCGUCUCACACCAGUCAAGUAGGAAACGAUACUGUGUCGUUUCGUAUCGAUUCCAGUUAUCGAAGUUCUUCGCCUCAGGUUGUGUCCGGUGUGCCUCUUCAAUUGAUGGAACAGCAGACGGAAACCGAGGGGAAACAUGUGGAUUUGAAUGAGGAGAGUAAAGUUGAGGGGGAAGAAGACGAGGAGUUUCGGAUUUUAGGGCAUUCUUUGUGUUUGAAAAGGAGGAGGGAUAAUAAUGGCAGCUGCGCUACUGCUGAUUCGGCUUCGUCGAGUAAUUUGGCUAAACGAUGUCAUGUUGAGCAAAACAGGCAGGUUCAGAGUCUUGAAUCUCGUAGGCAGGCUGUUAGGGCUUGGGGGAAUCAGUCGCUGCAGGCUGCUGAUCCUGAUAUAUUUGAGAUAAUGGAGAAAGAGAAGCUAAGACAGUACAAUGGGAUUGAACUGAUUGCGUCUGAAAAUUUUGUUUGUAAAGCGGUUAUGGAAGCUUUGGGCAGUCACGUGACAAAUAAGUAUUCUGAAGGCAUGCCUGGUGCUAGGUACUAUGCUGGGAAUCAAUACAUAGACGAAAUCGAAAUUCUUUGUUGCCAACGAGCGUUAGCUGCUUUUGGUCUUGAUUCCGAGAGUUGGGGAGUGAAUGUUCAACCGUAUUCUUGUACGUCUGCGAAUUUUGCGGUUUAUACUGGUUUGCUAUUGCCUGGUGAUCGGAUUAUGGGGUUGGAUACCCCGUCUGGAGGGAAUACUAGUCAUGGGUAUUACACGCCGAAUGGAAUGAAAGUUUCAGGGGCUUCAAUCUUUUUUGAAAGUCUUUCUUACAAGGUUAAUCCAAAGACGGGCAUUAUAGAUUUUGAGAAGCUUGAAGAAAGAGCUGUUGAUUUUCGCCCGAAGAUACUUAUAUGUGGUGGGAGUUCGUACCCUAGGGAAUGGGAUUAUUCUAAAUUUAGACAGAUUGCUGAUAAGUGUGGUGCAGUCUUGAUGUGUGACAUGGCUCAAAUUAGUGGUCUUAUUGCUGCCAAGGAAUGUGCAAGCCCCUUUGAGUUUUGUGAUAUCGUAACCUCAACUACUCAUAAAAGCCUGCGUGGUCCUCGGGGAGGUAUAAUCUUCUACCGAAAGGGCCCUAAGCCUAGGAAAAGUGGAACACUUUUGAAUCAAGGUGAUAGUUGUGACAAAUAUGACUUCGAGGAAAAAAUAAACUUUGCUGUGUGUCCUGCACUUCAAGGUGGGCCACACAAUAACCAUAUCGCUGCCCUUGCGGUUGCACUGAAACAGCUGGCUACUUCAGAAUACAAGGAAUAUAUGCAGCAGGUGAAGAAGAAUGCUCAGGCAUUGGCGUCUGCGUUGUUGAGAAGAAACUGCAGGCUGGUCACCGGAGGGACUGACAAUCAUUUAUUACUCUGGGAUCUUAGAAAUCUUGGAGUGACUGGUAAAAACUUGGAGAAAGUAUGCGAGAUGUGUCAUAUCACUGUUAACAAAACGGCCAUAUUUGACGAUAAUGGAACUCUCAUCCCCGGAGGAGUGAGGAUUGGUACUCCUGCAAUGACCUCACGGGGUUGUCUGGAAUCUGAUUUCGAGACAAUGGCAGACUUUCUCUGUCGGGCAGCUCAAAUCACAAGUUCAGUGCAGAGGGAACAUGGAAAAAUGCUGAAAUCCUUCUUGAAAGGUCUUGAAAACAACAAAGAUAUUAUCGAUCUCAAGGCUCAAGUUGAAAACUUCGCAACUCAGUUUGCAAUGCCUGGUCAGGAUCUGUAGUGUAUCCAUUUUGUUUGUAAAUAACGACGUGAGUGCAUAUUGUUACCUGGGACCCGUGAAGAAGACUUGUCUACAUCUGCAUAUUGAUCUGAUUGUUUGGGGCCUUUGGUUGUUCACAGGUAAUACACUAUUCCUUACAAAUCUGGUUAAAUAUUAUUUGGAUAUUCAAAGAGUCAGCCGGGUCAUAUGGGCUGGCAUACUAUAAAUACUAUUUUUACUUUGAUUAAAAAUGGAGAUAAUAUUGAAUGGUAUUUUUGUCGUUGGUUUUUUUUUUACAUUUUAGAAUUGAUCUGUGUUGUUAAAAAUGUUGAGGAAUUUUGGCAUAUAAACAGAAAAUAGGACGGUGAUAAAAUGGUUAAAGUGGUUGAUUCGGUUUUGUGCA